UUUACGGUGAAUAAAAAUAAUAGAUACUUCUAUUUCAUUUCCAUUUCAGCUUUUGUUUUACAAUAAGGCUACUGAUGAAUAGUAUUUCUCUAAGCUGAAUAAAAAUAUUCGUAAAAAUCAUUGAAUCAAUUUCCCUGUCCGUCUAACAUUCACAAAGACAGAUAUUAUAGGUGUUAACCAUUGGUAUGAAAACACACACGUGUGCAUGUGUGUACAUACACACGAAGCAGCAUUAGUAGUAUAUAUGCGUCCUGUUCAACCUUUAAAUCGAAUACUUUCGAAAUAACUAGGUGACGUUACUACGACUGUUGUCUUUCAUUGUUGUGAGGGGAAUAGUUUUCAAGUGUGAAAUGACUUUCUUUAUUUGAUUUCAGUGAAUUAGUUAACAGUAUGGCUGGAUAAUGUUGGAGUGAAUAUUUAAUGUUUACAAGAAAUAAUAUUUCUAUUCGAAUGAACAAUAAACUGUUGAAAAUGUUCCUACAGUUAAUUAUUAAAUGAUUUAUCUAAGUGAAUAUUUGCCAAGAUUGCUAAAUCAUCACAAAAUACAUUAAUGCAUUAUAUUCCUUACAAAUGGAUAAAAUAAAUUCUUGUACUAGGCAUAUAAAUUUAAGAAAUCUUCUUUUCUCAAUAUUAUACUUGUCAAUAGCCGCACUGAAUUUUUUAGAUAGCUUUUAUAUAACGUGUGAAAACCCGAUACAACUUAUUAACUAUGAUACACUUCCUCAUGAAACAAAUGAAAAUAACACUUUUCACCGGAAGCAGAAAAUCAUCCUAACCAAUAACUUUCAGUGUGAAAACAUACUUAUCACCUAUUGUACAGAGAUAUUUGGCAGUCUAAUCAACUUUGUUGCAGCUAGUCUAUAUUUUACUACAAAUCUGCAUAGAUUAUUAAUAUUUAGUAAUUCAAAGCAGCAGCAGCAGCAGAAGAAGAAGCUGAAAUCAUGUCCAUUUCCAAGCCGUUAUCUAUCUACUGAUGAUCGAAUCUCUUCACACGCAUACUUUGAAUUUUCAAGUCUACUGGCUGUUGUAGCUGGCAUCUCUGGUUGUCUAAUGAUAAUGACAACAACAGGUUUGAGAACUUAUAAAGUGUUCAUUUCUGAUACAAGUAAAAGUUUUCCAUUUGUUUCCAACUCGAAUGCUACUCAAUGGUAUGUGGAUUCAACAAUGGAGAAACUCAAGCAUACAAGCCGAAUACUUUUGAUUUUUGGAUUAUUUGUGAUAAAUAUUUAUGGAUUGUGUUUGUCUAGUGGAUAUCCAUGCAAAUGGAAUAAACUACAGUCUGAUGAGCAGCUUGUUGAGAAGAAUAGUUUCACAGAUUCAUUGGUCAAUAGAAGGAAAGAUCUACUAUUUUGUUCUCAUUUGACCCGUUUGAUCUCAUUAUUGUCUUCUAUAUUAAUAAUUUCUGGUGGUCUAACUAUACUUGGAAGUGUUUUGGAAUCUGUUCAGUUAUCCUACUUAUUUUCAAAUCUUUCUACUCCGGUAAGAUUAAAAGUAAGAGAGAUAUUUUGUUUCUUCAAUGGUAGUUCAAAUAUUAUCACUGGUUUAUUGUCUAUUAUUACCCUACAAUGUUGUUCAAUUCCCCUAGAUAGUGUAUUCAGAAGAGAACACUCUGUGUCGAAACUAAAUAAUUUCAUUAGUGCUAAACAUCGUUUACAUUGUCCAACACAUUUAAUUGCACUUAUUUCAUGUUAUAUAUCUAUACCAGUACAGAUCAGUUGUUUUUUAAUUACUAAACUCGAUACUUUUGUAUUAAAAGUUAACAAAUCUAAUCAUCAAUUGAAUAUUAAAAUAGAAAAUUCACUAAAACUAUUUCAUCAGGGAUUUGCUUUAAAUUGUUUUUCCGGUUUAAUUUCACUUCCUUUACUGUUUUUAUUAUUGGCUUGCAUAUUAAUAGACUUAUAUGUACGUAACAAGCUUACAUUCCUGUCAUAUAUUACAUCUAAAAAUAUUUUACAAAUUGACAAUCAUAACUGCGAUUCGAGGAAGUGUUUGGAAAAUGAUAAACUGCAAUAUUUCUCACCUAAUAAAGACAAUAAUAAUAAUAAUCAGAAUUGUCAAACAAGAGUAUCUUGUACACAUUAUUUACAUUUACCGCUUCAACGAAAUUUAAGACCAUAUAGUGAAAAUGAUACAAUAAAACUUAGAAAUUGUACAAAUAGUGGAUUAAAUCAAAAAUUAUUAUUAGUAUCACCAUCAUCACCGUUAUGUUCUUAUCCUGAAGAUCCAUAUUGUACAAGAUCAUCAGUUAUGCCGAAUUUCGAUAACAAUGAAAAUAUAUGUAUGCCUUAUAGAACUUCAUGCAUCCAACCAUCAAACAGUUUAAAUCCAGCUUAUCUUGAACUUGAUUCAAUUCGUCAAGACAAUUCAACAAUUAAAGCAAUAAAAAGCAAUGAAAUAAAUUUGAAUCCAAAUUAUUUAAGUCAAGUUGUCUAUCGUUGUUCACCAGAUACUCCUCACUUAAUAUAUCAUUCAUUCAAUGAACAACAACAGUUUGCACAUAGAUAUCCCACUGAAGCAUGUGAAUACAUGAGUUGUGAUUUACAACAACAACAACAGCAACCCUUGGUUACAUUAAUUCAUCCUGAGGUUAACAAAGAAAUUCAUAAUUUUAGUAAUUUAACAACCAGUGAAUUACUAAAACUGUUUACUGAUACAACGGGUGAGGAUUUCAUUACAUCAGUUUAAACAAAAUACGUUACCGUCUUGUAAAUUCACUAAAAUAUUCAACGUAUAAGCCAGAAUUCGGCUUUUAUCCAUUUAUUGCAUGCCAACUGUAUAAUAAUAGGGAAAAUCUGUCAUUCAUUUCUACAUAUAUUUGCUGUGCUUUUUGUUACUUUGCGAAUAAAGAAUGUUUUCCCUCUAAACGACUUUUGAUUUUAAAUCUGAUAGAUUAUAUUAAAUUAAAAGGUUACAGAGACUGACUGACUUCGAAGUGAAGAGAUUUCGGCAAGCAUAAAUAUUUAUAGGCAUAAAAAGAACGUAAACACCACAGCCAUCAGUAGAAUGUGGAAACAACUUUUGGACAGUGACUAUUAGUGGAGUGGAGUAAAUUAGUUACACUCUACCAAGAGUUCAUCAGCUUGAUUAACUGGUAAUCUAGUAACUGGUAGUGUAACGACAGAAAAAAAACAGUAUUUGGCGGCAAAUUGAUGAACGGUUAUGGUGGAAUGCGAAAACCUUCCACUGAAAUCUUCAUCUGCUUUGUAUUUUGCUUCUUUUAUCCUCCCCUUUCAUGCUUUCUGUACUGCUUUCAUUUCUCCUGAUCGCAGCUUAAUACGUCGCUCCACUAUUCAAUAUUCCUGCUCACAA